AUGAGUAGAUCGGAUACUGACCCUUCUCUUUCUUCUAGCCAUGCAUCUUCCUCUUCCAGCCGGUCCUCGACGUCUGCUAGUAGGAGCGCGUCAUCGUCCCGCUCAACAAGCAGUGUUCCGGCUUCUUCGGCUGCCCAUUCGUCUUCAUAUCCUCCAUCGUCAUCACUACCGAGCACGCCCUCAACGGUAUCACUCACCUCCCCUGUGACGACAGCGUCUGCCACGUACUCCUGGACCUACUCAAAUACUGCGGUCUCGUUCCCUGUUGUCAGCACGCGGACAGCUACAUACUUCGCCACGACGGACUCGACGACGACGGUGCACUCGGCGACGACGAAGACGGUGCACUACACGGAGACGACCGUCACGAAGACGUCCGUCUGGACGCUCACCUACACCAGUCAUGGGCAGACGAGCGUCACCGUGCGCUCGUCCGUCAUUGUCUCCGGCUCGCUCAUCCCUGAGGUCUCGGCCGGCGAGGCGAUUUUUGCGCGCAAUCAUGGUGCCCUCGCCGGGGUGAUCCUCGGCUCGCUCGCUUUCCUCUCCCUCCUCGGCGUCCUGCUCGUCAUCGCGCUCCGGAGACAUCGCGCACACAAGGCCGCAGAGGCCGCCGUCGCCGAGGCACUUGCUAAUACCGCUCGGCGCCGCCCUGCGAACAUGCUCGCGGACGAGGACGAGGACGAUCUUCCGCCGGGCUCGCCUACCAGUCCGACCGGCGGCAUGGCGCAGGUCGGAGGCCCCGCUAGCUUACAGGCUGGCGGAUAUAACCGUCUCAGGGGUGGCAACGCGAGUUCCUCGGGCUUUGAUAGGAUGAACAGUUCCGGGCCACUCUCAGGGUUCAGCGAACAGAGCGCGCUGGCGGACCUCGCGUUGGGUUCAUCGAGCUACUACGCUGGUGCAUUUGCCAGUGCUGCCUCUGAGGACGGGCAUGGUCGCGAACGUGAGCAUGACCUCGCUGACGGCUCGCCUCCACCGAUGUCGCGCACGAACAGCGGGGACGAAGAUGCGCAGGCGAGCUCGAGCGACCACCUGAGUGCGACGCCACUGUUGGGAGCUGCUGCCGUGGCUAGGCCGGGACGAUCCGAGUCGGGCUCGAGGUCGAGGAGCUCUUCGGGGAUGGACCCUGCGGCGUGGUUGAGCGGACGCGACAUGGCGUAUGCAGCGGUGCCGAUGAGUGCGAAUGCCAGCUCGAAUGUCCUCUCUUCGCCGCCACACUCGCUGGGGAACCCACUGGACCCGUUCGCAGAUCCUGCACCGCAUCCGUACACUGACCCAGCUUUAGCGGCGGACUCGAGUGCCAAUCCGUUUGUGGACCCGGCGCCCCCGUCGGGACAGCGUCAAUCAUGGGACGAGUUCGCUGCGCUAGGUGCUAUGAGUGAUGCCGCUGCUGGAGCACAAGGCUUUGCGAGCGGUUCCUCAAACGGACAUGGUACGGGCUCUGGAGGGGGCACCGGCUCGGGCGGAUACAACUCGGGCGGGUCGGCCUACGGGCACACCGGCUCUACGCACGCACUUGGAAGCGGGCCUGGCUCGUCCAGUGGGCACGGCCAUGAUGGCUGGUCCUCGGACGGUCAUGGUAAGCAGGCGGACGGUCGCUCGAGCAACGGUCAUGGAGACGGCUACAACCUCACCGCGAGCAAGCGCUCGAGUCUGCUGCCCACUGUCCCUGGCGUCCCCCCGCCGACCGCGUAUCGCUCACCAGGAGAGGGAGAGGACAACGAUGGCAGUGCGGGCAAGAAAAGGAGACGGAGCUUCUUGGGCGUGAGCAGGCCGUGGAGGAGAGCGAGUGUGAGCGACUCGAGCGAGACGAGGGCGUCGUACGUCGAUGCACCGAGCUCGUUCCCCGAGUCGGACCCCCGCAGUUCGCAGUACACGGAUCCGCGUCUCUCUGCUGCGUCUAGCGGCGGCGGCGGACGAGCCCGAAGCGCGACAAUCAGCCCCGCGACCUCGCAGCAGGCGCUCACCGCACUGGGUGUGUCCAGCUCGCCCCGGAUGGCUGCUAUGGGCGGCAUGGAGAGUGCUCCUGGUACGCUCGGGCGCUCGACAUUCAAGCGACCGCAGUCGCCGACGCUCCCGCCAGGGUCGAUCCCGCCUGUGAUCAUACACAAUCAUGCACCCCCGGCUUAUCCGACGGCUGCAUAUUCCGUAGUCCCUUAUGGCUCAGGAACCUUGCCGCCCUCGUCGUACUCAAGUUCACAUCCGUACUCGUACGGCUUCCUAACGCCCUCGACCCAUUCAGAUGCUGCGUAUCCUUCCUCCUCGGACCUUCAUGGUGGACUACACCCGUGGCGAGGGCUGGCAGGAUUAUUUGGCACGCCCGACAUGCCGAGUCCUGCGCCGACGGAGACGAGUGACGCGGGCGCGCCUGAGGGACUGUUGGACCCCCGUCGAGUGGGCACGGUUGCGGGUGGUAUGGGUGCCGCUGGGAUGCGGAGUACGGGCGCGAUCAGCUUCAGGGAUGAGGUGGACUAUAGUAGGCCGAUCGGCGGGCUCGUGAACAAUCGUCAGCAUAGCCAGACGACGGUCCACACGACGAGCACGCGUCAUAGGACGUAUUAUACGGAAGACGAUGAUGAUGAUGACGACGACGCUGACCGCGAAAGCAUCGAGCCGCAGGGCCAUGAAGAGGAUGAAGACAUCUCGUAUUUGCACGGUCUCGUGUCAUGA